GCUGCGGUCCCUGGCAGGCGGGAGCCGGCGCUGCGGCGGAGCGCGACCCUCCUCCCCGGCCGCCCUGUCCACCUCGCCGGGGAAGGCGGAAGAUGCCAGUGAAGAAGAAAAGAAAAGCCCCCGGAGUGGCAGCGGCGGUCGCAGAAGACUCGGGCCUCAAAAAGUGUAAAAUCUCCAGCUAUUGCAGAUCCCAGCCUCCUGCCAGACUGAUCAGUGGAGAGGAAGAUUUUUCAAGAAAGAAGUGCCUGGCUUGGUUUUAUGAGUAUGCAGGUCCUGAUGAAGUUGUAGGGCCAGAAGGAAUGGAAAAAUUUUGUGAAGACAUUGGUGUUGAACCUGAAAAUAUUAUUAUGUUAGUUUUAGCGUGGAAAUUGGAGGCUGAAAGCAUGGGAUUUUUUACCAAGGAAGAAUGGUUAAAAGGAAUGACCUCAUUACAGUGUGACUGCACAGAAAAGUUACAGAGCAGAUUUGAUUUUCUGCGUUCACAGCUAAAUGACAUCUCAUCGUUUAAGAAUAUCUACAGAUACGCCUUUGAUUUUGCAAGGGAUAAAGAUCAGAGAAGCCUUGAUAUUGAUACUGCUAAGUCUAUGUUAGCACUGCUGCUUGGGAGAACAUGGCCACUCUUUUCAGUAUUUUACCAGUACCUAGAGCAAUCAAAGUAUCGUGUUAUGAACAAAGAUCAGUGGUACAAUGUAUUAGAAUUCAGCAGAACAGUUCAUGCCGAUCUUAGUAACUACGAUGAAGAUGGUGCUUGUUUCAGAGGUUGGAACCAAGUAGUGGCUUGUGUUGAACUUGCUCUCCAGUUUGGCAGUCCACGCAGUAUUCCAACAUUGCCAUUUACUGCUUUGCCUGCCCGGCUGUUUUUGUAUGGUCUGCUAAAAGCAAGAGAGAAAAGAACACCCAGAGGGCCUGUUCUUCUUGAUGAAUUUGUUGAGUGGCAAAAAAUCCGCCAAGCAUCAUAGCAAGAACUGUCGUGAAGAAGAUGCGGAGGGGAGGAGGAUAUCCAAGGGUGCAUUUUCACUCACGAAGGACUUCUCAUAGUACUUUUUCCUUUUUUAAAGGACGUUUUCUUGUUCCAUGUGAUGGGCACUUAGCCACACGUCUUCUGAGACUGAAUAUUGACAUUUUUGUUUCAAGUUAUGUUUUUAACAUUUAUUUCAGAACAAUAAAGAUUCAGAUUUGUGACAAAGGCCUUAAAGUGAA